AUGACCUGGCUCUUCUUAUCCAGGCCCCAAGCCCUGAAAGAUCCAAUCCCAGUCCCUCCCAGGGGCCUGGCUGCUGGAGAAGGGUCGGGCAGUCCAGUUGGUCCAGGUGUGUCACUCUGGGACUCAAGCCUGGCCCAGAUUCUGGACAGUGCCCUAGGGCUGGCAGCACUGGGGCUGGCAGUUCUAGCAGUCCUUUUCAUGCUUGGACCAGCGUUGCUGCUGCUGCUGCUACUGGUCAAUUUCCUUGCCUUCGAUCUGCUCCAUGGGCCCACAGUUCCCCGUCUGCCACAGCACAGGCUUCUCACAGGGGGCCAGAGUCAGGGGGCUGGCGAAGGUCCAAGACAACAGGGGGGUCUACUUCUGCCACCGGUGGCAGUCACAAGACAAGUCAGCUUCCAAGAUGCGCUGUUACUGCUGUUCUUGGGCCUGCGUCUGCUCCUGGGGGCCCAUGGCAUGCCCUUGGCCCUGCUUGGCUUGGUUUUCUGUUUCCACCCUUGGGUCUGA